GUUGGUAGCUUAAAAUGAAAACACUGGUCAAAAACCAACAUUCAGACGCAAACUGACCACCCUCCCCAACUUUUUAUAUUUUAGCCCAACCGUCAUGGAAGUGUGGGAACGCGCAGGAUUGUGAGAAAUCAUGAGCGGCGGAGAAUGCAUCAGUGCGGCCUUCGUUAAAAAUAGUGCAUGGAUGAAAAUAGCAAAGGCCUGAGAAUAGAUCCUCGAGGAACACCUUGCUUCAGAGAGACUGAAAAGCACGCACUGAGAUCUAGAGUCAAGGAGACAGGUCUAAACCCAAGAAAGAGCAACACCUGGGACAUCGACCUUCGAGAGGUAGAAGUAAAUAACGGCAAACUGAUGUCUAGUGAUAUAAAAGUACAGUUGGUUUAGAAAUAUAAAAAAAUAUUUUAUACAGUAAAAUUACAAUGGAAAAAAAGCAUUAAAAAUUAAGUGUCUUUACUACAUUUACCGCAAGGGGUCGCUUUUGAACGAAUUCAUCAUGAAUCUAAUAAGAGCAAGUUAAAAGCAAUGGUCUUCUCCAAUAACACUCAGCUUUUAUGCAAAUGACUGCUUGAGGAACCAAUGAGUAAAGAUGAAUAAGAAGUGAAUAAAUGGUUUAAUUCCAAAAAAACAAAAAAAUACCAAAGCUUACCAAGAGUAAGAAGUGAAUGAAAUUUAAUAAUCUCAAUCUUAAGAAAAGUCCUAGGCGGUUUAAACAGGUUUUAGCUAGUUCUGAUAGGACUCCAAAGUCUGAUCAAAACCCUUCUAUGCCAAGACCAGCAUAACGAGACUGGGAGACCAUCUUUAAGGAUUAUCAGUCUAGUUAAGGCUAGUUUAAGAUGGUGUUUUUUAGCCAGCAUGUUAACAUGUAGGGUGUACAACUGUUUCUCUUUACUGCAAGAGUUGCACAUAUUUUAUAAUUGAAUUAAAAAUGCAUUUCGAAUGCCGGCCCAGUUCAGGUUUUUGUAUCAGUCUAGUAAAUUUGAAUUGAAGUUAUUCAAAAUAUAUUAUGUUUCAAAAGGGUGAAUGAAAGAAGGCAGUGCAAAUUGAAACGCUAUCUGCAUAACAGUGUUAGUCGAAACAGACUGAUGCAGAAACUGAUUUAUAUCGAUUAAAAUAGCAACGGUCCAAGAUCCUUGAGGAACACCUUGCUUUAGAGAGACAGUAGGGUUCCACCAUCAAGUGUCUGCAUUUAGAUGCAUAUAGGCUCCUUCGGCUUUCACUGAUAAAUUAUUGGGAAGUAAUGUUUUACUCGUCUAAAUAUCUUUUCUAGACUGAGCAGUGGGCUAAAAACUUUCUUGUUCACCUUCCACUUUUUUAUUUAUGAUGCAUAAUGUUAAGCAAAUCAAAGCGUCACAUGUGCGGCCACACCGGCAGCGAGGGGGUUAACGAGUACGCGCCCGCGCAAAAGAAGGCGGGGCCCCGCGCUCAGGUCCUUUUCCGGGAAAUGAAACGGGCGUAUCAAUACGCCGCCGAUGGUUUUCUCGAGCGGCUGUAAACGCGCAGGCGUGUUUCGGUGUGGGUGGAUUUGGGGGCCCGCGUGAACAGGGCGGCGUUUCUAUGGUGAGGAGGUCUUUAAUACGCCACAUGGACCCAGACGCGUCGUACCUUCAGCGUUUGAUUUUCGGACGGUACAUCGCGACGGCCGGCCACAUUCCUCACGUAUCGGUCGCACUCGCGUUUUUCAGCUGUGUUUAUGAACGCGAGGCCUCUCGGCGCCGAACUGGGGUCUCUUCGGAGCUUUUAUGUAAUGAGGAAUAUUCUGGACUCUCGUCUUAGCUGAGAAGCGGUUUGGAAAUGCGCCUUCCUCCUCGGAGAGCUACAACUUGACCGUCUGCGAAUAAUACGUCGCGUUACUCAGUCGCUAGAUCUCUCCCACAGGUGUCUUUCGCAUAAAGGAUGAGGAUCUGAUUAAAACAGCUGAGGCUGCCCACCUCCUCGGUCAUUUCAUCAUUCGUUCACCGAAGACAGAUUUGACGUUAAUGUUUCGCCAGGAGGUCGGUGUCCUGUCUUUUAUUCCGUCUUGUUCGUACCUUUUCCAAUACGAGCAGAGGAACAUGUCUCGGUAUAAUAUCUACAGCCUGCUGGACUGGAUGUACGGAGGGGUGGACCCCAUGUUCGAGGGCAAUGGAGGCCCCGAGUGCGCAGCCUUCCUCUCUCCCAGGCAGAGAACAUUUGAGACUCUCAUCAUCGUGUUCUUUUCCAUCCUGGAAGUGGCGGUGGCCAUCAAAAAGCUGAACGUCCCUAAAGAUGUCCGAGACGUCGGGAGAGAUGGCAGGAGGAGCAAGGAAGACACCUGGGGCAAGAACCUGUUGCUUGUGGCUCUGUGCAUGACUUUUGGAGUUGAGGUCGGGUUCAAGUUCGCCACCAAGACCGUCAUCUACCUCCUCAAUCCGUGUCAUGUGGUCACAAUGGUGCAAAUCUUCCUGCUGGCGUGUCCCCCUUGUAAAACCGCCAUGGUUAUCUUUAGGCUUCAGGUCCAUAUGCUGAACGGAGCCCUUCUAGCUCUUCUCUUCCCAGUAGUCAACACUCGACUGCUUCCAUUCGAGAAGGAGAUCUAUUAUAUUCAGCACUCCAUGCUGUAUCUUGUGCCAGUCUACCUCUUCAGAAAAGGAGGUGUGUAUAAGCCAGAGCCACUCGGAGACAUGUGGUGGGCGCUGCUGUCCACGGGCAUCCUCUUCCUCUACCACUUUGUGUUCCUCCAGGGCCUUGGAAUGCUGACAGAAGUGAAUCUGAAUAACAUGCUGUGUCCCGCCGUCUCCGACCCCUUCUACGGACCGUGGUACCGAGUGUGGGCGACGGGCCACCAGACGGCCCUGACGUUGGUCCACGGCAAGGCCCUGACCAUCCUCUCGCAGCACACCGCUCCCACGUGCCGCUAUUUACUGGAUAUAGCACGUCUUCGCAACAAGAAGCUGGACUAGCGUUUUUAUCAGCAGUCUUACACGGACGAAACCUCAACUGGAGCUUGUCCAGCGUUCUAGACAAAAGCGUAGUACAUAGAUAUAUAUAUAUAUAUAUAUAUAUAUAUAUAUAUAUAUAUAUAUAUAUAUAUACGACUUUAGCACCUUUCUUCUGUUUGUUGUUUGGUCCAAACCCGGUUCCUCGAAGCUGGAACCGUAGAUCGAAAGACGGUUUUAACACCAUAGGAGCAGGACUGAAACAACGUUAACCUUGCCUUGUUUUUUUUUUUUGUUUUGGUGUUUAUCAAAAUGAACACUCACUGAACUCAGAACACACAUAACCUUUCUUCUCAAGUUGCCUUCUUUAGUUACUCUCAACAGGGGGCCAACCCAGUUCCUUUUACUCGUUUGCUGAAUAGCUGAUGCCGCGGUUCUAAACACUGCAUUUCCUCGCUCGCCGGUGAAACGACAUCUUUGUUAAUAUCGUAGACCUGUUGUGGAAAGUGUAAAUGUAGUGGUACUGUACGUCUAGGAGAUUUUCCCGGUCUUUCUUUUGUAUGUAAAUAGUCUCAUUUUUAGCCGUUAGCUGGGGUCAUACCCACGGAAUAUUUUCUGUUGGUUUAAUGUGUUCGAUUCGUCUGCACUAUACCGAUCAUAUUGCGUACGGACGGCGGUCUGUCAAAGCAAACCACCAUUUUUAAACACCUUUUUUUGGUUUUAUUGGUCCGGCCGAUCACCGGAAGGCAAAAACGUUCCUUUCCCUUCGACGUUUAGCAUUAAGCUUCGUUCCACACAACAAUUCAAAUACGUAGUCAAAUGAAGGAAAAUAAGUUUAAUUCAAAUUUGUGUAUUUUUCGUCCAAUCCCAAAAACUGCUGUUUCUUCAAGCGUGUUCAAUUGUUUGCAUGUCAAAACCAGAAACUGUCGCGUAACGAACGCUGAUUCGAGCAGUCUGGAGAAUUUCAAUGUAACUUGACUGAAAGGGAAAGCCGUCUGUCUCGGUGUCAUUUUUGUACAUACGUUUUUAUGGUCUUAUAUUAAAGGUCUUCUCCAACACGUCA